CACCUGCGGCUGCAACUCCCAAGUUACUCUACCACAGUCAUCAAAUCGAACCUCCCCCUUCCAUCUAUUUUUCUCUCUCUUUCCUCCGCCGCUUCCAACUUCAAACCCCAACAUUUUCACAAUAGUCCAGACCGCAGAGGCGAGAGAAAACGCAGCGAGACUCGGAAUUGCCAUGAACGCAUGCCUCAAGAUAGAUCGCCGCCGCCGCCGUCAUGAUCAGCCACAACAGCCACGCCUCCUCCACCGUCAACGGCUCGAUGUCGCCGUCGUCCUCCUCCUCCGCAGCAAAUCCCCAAUCCCAAGGCCUUAAAACCUACUUCAAGACCCCCGAGGGCCGCUACAAGCUCCACCUUGAGAAGUCUCACCCCGCCGGCCUCCUCCCCUAUGCCCUCGGCAAAUCCGUCUCUCAGGUAACCCUAGCGCACUUGAAGGAGAAGCCUGUGCAGGCGGCCGCUGCGGCGCCGAGCUCGAGCUAUGGCGCGAGCAGCGGGGUGAGGUAUGUGGCGGCGAGGUUUCUCGGAAGCGGCAACGGCAGCCGAGGGCUUAGUUUUGUGGGAGGGAACGGGACGAGCAAGGCCAAUGGCGGGAGCAGUAGGAGUGGUUCGUUCGGGGGUUUGAACGGUUCUGGUUCUCAUUCUAUGAUGAUUAAUUCGAAUUUCGACGGCAAGGGGACGUAUUUGAUAUUUAAUGUAGGGGAUACGGUGUAUGUGAGUGACCUCAAUUCUCAGGAUAAGGAUCCGAUAAAGGCUAUUCACUUCAGUAAUUUAAACCCUAUUUCUCAUGCUUUCGAUUGUGAAGCCAGGGAUGGGCAUGAUUUGCUGAUUGGAUUGAACAGUGGGGAUAUUUACUCGGUAUCCUUGAGACAGCAAUUACAAGAUGUUAGCAAGAAACUUGUAGGCGCCCAGCAUUACAACAAAGAUGGAUCUACCAACAACAGUCGAUGUACUAGUAUUGCAUGGAUACCCGGGCGUGAUGGUGCUUUUGUUGUUGCUCAUGCUGAUGGAAACUUGUAUGUAUAUGAAAAGGGCAAGGAUGGCACUGGUGAUGCUUCAUUCCCGGUUAUCAAGGAUCAGAAUCAGUUUUCUGUUGCACAUGCGAAGUCCAGUAAGAGUAAUCCAAUAGCAAGAUGGCAUAUUUGCCAAGGUUCUAUUAAUAGCAUUGCUUUCUCAACUGAUGGGAAAUAUUUGGCAACUGUUGGUCGAGAUGGUUAUUUGCGAGUUUUUGAUUAUGCAAAUGAACAACUGAUCUGUGGUGGCAAAAGUUAUUAUGGAGCUCUUCUCUGCUGUGCCUGGAGUGGAGAUGGAAAAUACAUCUUGACUGGCGGUGAAGAUGAUCUUGUUCAAGUUUGGAGUAUGGAAGACAGGAAGAUAGUAGCAUGGUGUGAGGGACAUAACUCAUGGGUCAGUGGAGUGGCUUUUGAUUCAUAUUGGUCCCCGCCAACAUCAGAAGACACAGAAGAAAAUGUCAUGUAUCGCUUUGGUUCUGUCGGUCAGGAUACACAGUUGCUUCUGUGGGACCUGUCAAUGGAUGAGCUUGUGGUGCCACUUCGCCGACGUCCACCAGGUGCAUCCCCUACAUUUAGCGCAGGGAACCAGUCAUCUCACUGGGACAGUGUAGUCCCAUUGGGUGCUCUCCAACCUGCUCCAAGCAUAAGAGAUGUCCCGAAGCUUGCCCCAGUAGUAGCACACCGUGUCCAUACAGAACCACUAUCUGGCUUAAUUUUCACACAGGGAUCUAUCCUCACUUCAUGUCGAGAAGGGCACGUGAAGAUUUGGACAAGACCCGGGCACUCGGAACAAUCUAGCAACUCUGAAGCCCUUACAAGUUCUAGUUUAAAGGAGAAGACUAUAUUCUCGGGCAAAGCUGUCAGCUCAAGUUACAAAUAACAUCAUCAGAAAGGUUUUGUUGCUAAAGGUGCUUUUACAAAGUUGAGUUGCAGUUUGCGUAUAUAAGCAAGUAUUUAUGCCCCUGCUAAUCCCAAUUGGGUUGCUGCAAAAAAAGCAUGUAAACUCCUCGUGCAAAUUCCAAGUUCUCAUCAUAUGUGCAGUGAAACUAGUCAGUUAAUUGGCCCUAUUGUAUAAGAGUACCAUCCAUGAUCAUCUUAUUUAUCAACUGCAAGAAAGGUGCGAUAGAGAGUCGCCGUUGCAAGAUUUCUGACCAUAUAUGGGUAGGUAAUAAUGGAUAGUUGCUCCAGCCCUGGACUCCUUUUGAGGUCUCUUUGGUUGUAGCACCUUAUAGUAGUAUACAUUGACCAACUUUCCCCCAAAUUGGGACUUUUGACCCAUGGCUAUAUACUGAACUUUACAAAGAUUUAA